AUGGAUCAAGCUAGUUCAUCUGCUACUACAAUAUCUGUUAAUGUCAAUUCAAUUCCCAUACUUAAUGGAACAAACUUCAAGGAUUGGAAAGAGAACAUAUUGAUUGUUCUUGGCUGCAUGGAUCUUGACCUUGCACUUUGGGUUGAGGAACCCACUCCUCUUAUGGAAGAAAGUUCUCUUGAUGAAAAGAGGAACUUUGAGAGGUGGGCUCGCUCAAAUCGCAUGAGUCUAAUGAUCAUUAAGCGCGGCAUUCCGGAAGCCUUUAGAGGUGCAGUAUUCGAAGGGAUAACUAAUGCCAAGGAGUUCCUUGUCGAAAUUGAGAAGCGUUUUGUGAAAAACGAUAAGUCUGAAACAAGCACGCUUUUGCAAAGCUUGAUUUCAAUGAAGUACAAGGGCAAGGGAAAUUUAAGGGAGUACAUCAUGGAGAUGUCUCAUAUUGCUUCAAAACUUAAAGGUCUAAAGCUCGAGCUAUCUGAUGACUUGCUCGUUCAUUUGGUAUUGAUCUCGCUUCCUGCACAGUUCAGUCAAUUUAAGGUCAGUUAUAACUGUCAGAAGGAGAAAUGGUUUUUAAAUGAGCUCAUUUCAUAUUGUGUGCAAGAGGAAGAAAGGUUGAAGCAAGAAAGAACUGAAAGUGCUCACUUGGCAAGCACUUCUAAGGAUAAGGGCAAGAAAAAGAAGAAGGAAUAUGAAGCUGCUCCUAAGGGUCCAGCACAAAAGAAACGAAAGGAAGACAAAGAUACUUGUUUCUUUUGCCAUCAGUCUGGACAUAUGAAGAAGGACUGUGCCAAAUAUCACGCAUGGCGUACAAAGAAAGGGCUGCCUGAACUACCGAAAGCCAAGUGAUGAUGAAAGAUACAUCUAUGUGGGUAAUGACAAAUCGGUGGAAGUUGAUGUAAUAGGGACUUUUAGGUUGUUAUUAAGAACUGGUUGUUAUUUGGAUUUGAAAGACACUUUCGUUGUACCGUCUUUUAGACGGAAUUUAAUUUCUGUUUCUUCGUUGGACAAAUUAGGUUAUUGUUGUUCAUUUGGAAACAAUCAGUUUAGUCUUUCUUUAAAUUCCAAUAUUAUUGGUACUGGUUCAUUAUCUGCAUAUGAUAACCUGUAUUUGCUUGAUAUUAUUGCAUCAUAUAAUGAGACCUUGCAUGUGGAUUCACGUGGUACUAAACGCAAAUUAAAUAAAGAAAAUUCUGCAACAUUAUGGCACAAGCGCUUAGGUCACAUCUCAAAAGCUAGAGUUGA